GAGGUAAGGCCUAGGAGGUGUCCCAGCCCCAGUCAGGAGGUAAGGCCUAGAGAGGUGUCCAGCCCCAGUCAGGAGGGAGGUAAGGCCUAGAGAGGUGUCCCAGCCCCAGUCAGGAGGGAGUCAGUAUGUUUUUUGACUUCCCUUGUCCUCCAAGAGUUGCUGAAUCUCCUCUACUUCAGUUUUCUCCUCAAUUCAUGCACCUUGGUUGGAGUGUGAGGCAGCAGCAGUGAUCUGUCCCCUUAGUCAGCCAGUAUGGCCCAGGCGGAGCCCCAGCCCAGUGGGGGUAGCAGCCCCCAGCUCAUCUCCCUCCAGUCGGAGAUGUCAGAGGCAUCAGGGAACCACGUAGAGGUGGGCUCCGCCAACCGGAGGAAGAGGAGGAGGAAGGAGCCCAGACCUGAGUCCAUCAUUGUGUAUCGCUCAGCAAUGAGAGGGGGCCCGGGGAGGAGCAAGGGGGAGAGGAGGGAGUGCCGAGAGGAGCACGGAGGAGGGGGCCAAGUUCCUCACACACCCACCGGCGAAGGAGGCUGGAGCGACAGGAGCAUGCCCCCAGACAGCCGUUAUGUGACCUUGACCGGCACCAUCACCAGGGGGAAGAAGAAGGGUCAGGUGGUGGACAUCCACGUUACUCUAACAGAGAGAGAACUCCGGGACAUGGCCCUCUCUAAAGAACGUCUGGACGCUGAGUGUGAGAGGGGCCAGGGCCCCAAGUGUUCCUGUGGCUUGGGGUUCUUUCAGGGCCCCCAUGUGAUCCUCUGGAGCCUAUUGUGUGCUCCUUUAGUAUUCCUUAUCGCCUUCAUCACGUCGUUUUACUAUGGAACGCUCACCUGGUACAACGUGUUCCUGGUCUACAACGAGGAGAGAACAUUCUGGCARAAGAUCACCAUCUGCCCCUGCCUCAUCAUCUUCUACCCCAUGCUGAUCAUGCCCAUGGCUCUGUCCCUGGCUCUGUACUCCACCCUGGCGCAGGUGUCCUGGGCCUUUAGUGAGUGGUGGCUGUCUGUCCGCGACCUGGAGAAGGGGUUCUGUGGCUGGGCCUGUGGGAAGCUGGGGCUGGAGGACUGUUCUCCGUAUAGUAUCGUGGAGCUGCUGGACUCUGACAACUUCUCAGGGAGCAUGCAAGGGAAUAACAAGGCCCCCGGCGAGGAUGCUCAGACGUCCUCUGUGUGAGACUGGGUUGUAUUCACUAGGAAGCAAACGGGUCGAAACAGGUUAGGACUACCUGAACUUGUCCUUUAAGAAACACUUUUUGCAKUGGUGUAUCCACUAAUGAAUAUAACCCUGGACUGGCGUCAUGGACACAGACACACAAACUGGCAUUGUUGUCAUACUUUCACAUGUUUUGAUACCUUCAAAAAGCUGAUUCUUGUUUUAACUUCUUACUAGUUUAUCUAACCUCGCAUUCUUACUGGUUGUUGUCGUAGUGAUCUCUGUGUUUACUGUUCCAAUCACCAUGUUGUUAUGUUUUAAAUGUUGUUAUUUAUUUCAAUAUUUCAACCGCUAGCUAGUUUAGUUGUAAGUGUUGUAAAAUMGAUGUUUUGUAUCAUAGGACGGGCUAUUAAAAUGUUUAAAUUAAAUGUACRGUAACAUGAGGGUUGCUAAAAUACUGCCCAAAGUUUACUGUAAACGACACAAGACCUAUCUAUCAAACAUAUUGAUAGAUUUCUGUUGAAAAACUGUUGCACUGAAAUCCUCGAUAGGACAGGAAGGAAGUUACCUUUUAUAUCUAAUGUACUGUACCUGCAUGAAGUCAUACUUUACCUUUCUCUCUUUCGGGUGGAAGAGAUUACAUUUUAAACGGUGGCAGGGUGGAAGGAACUCUGGGACAUUCAUUCAGCAGACAAGAAUGUAGAAUUAAGAUUUGAAGGAUCUAAAAGGAUUUUGGUCAGUACCUCUGUUCUCUAUAUUAAGGUAAAUCUGUGUGUGUUGUUCACUCACUCUUCACAUCAUGUUUGUUGCUCACCAAAAUGGAUGGAAAUAAAACCUGAAUACUUUUCACAGUUCAA